CAUGUUUUCCGAUUAAGUCAUCGAUAUCAUAUCAUUCAAGCAGGCUUGCAUUAGACAUGAUCGCUGUAAACAUCACGUGCAUGCAUGACACGAAAUAUGAACAUGGAGCCAUAUGCGCGAUACUAUAUAACCUGUUGACUUAUGGCAUGAUCACUUUGCCCUUGGCCUACAACAAGACUAAAGCUUUCGAUCGUUCCCACCAUACACACUAUUCAUUCCUGAUGGCCAGUCCCCUUGCUAUUGGAAGGUUUCUGUUCAGCCGUCUAGCCAAUCAGCUUGCAGCAGCGUGUCAAUCAGGCACCCGAUUGGCUGCCAGGUCAGCCAAUCAGGUAGAUGCCUGUUGCUACUCAACAAAAAACAGACCCACAGGGAAACCGGACUUGUCAGAAAAGCAACUGACCAGGCGAUUUGUUGAUUGGAGAAGAGUCCGUGUGGCGGCAGGCAACGGUGGAAGCGGAGGCAUCUCGCUGAGACGAGAGGCUCACAAAGAAUUUGGCGGACCUGAUGGAGGUGACGGAGGGAAUGGUGGUCAUGUCAUUCUUGAAGCUGAUCGGCAUGUCAAAUCAUUGGAGCCUGUCCGUUCACAGUAUAAAGCACAGCAUGGGGAACCGGGCAGGAAAAACAACAGUAGCGGAAGAAAUGGCAACCACACAAUCAUUAGAGUUCCAAUAGGGACAGUUGUCAAAGAAGGCAAAACGGUGAUCGCAGAUCUCGAUUCAGAGGGAGACCAGUUCAUCCUUGCACGUGGGGGACAGGGAGGCCGGGGGAACAGAUCGUUUGCAACACCGCUUAACAGGACCCCUAGGAUCGCAGAACGAGGCAUCCAGGGUCAGGAGUUACAGGUGUCUAUGGAGCUACGUACCAUGGCACAUGCUGGACUGAUUGGGUUUCCCAAUGCCGGCAAGUCCACUCUCCUCCGAGCGUUAUCCCGAGCCAGGCCUGCAGUGGCUGCCUACCCCUUCACAACACUCAACCCCCACGUGGGGAUGGUGGAAUAUAACGACCUGGAACAAGUUGCAGUUGCCGACUUGCCCGGUUUGAUUCGUGGAGCUCAUCUCAACCGCGGCCUGGGCCACUCAUUCCUCAGACACAUCGAGCGUUGCCGUUGUCUUCUCUACGUCUUAGACCUCUCGGCCCAGGAACCCUGGACACAGCUCUCUGAUCUCCAGUACGAACUGGAGCAAUACCAAGAAGGGUUGUCACAAAGACCUCACGCCGUGGUCGCUAACAAGAUAGAUCUACCAGAAGCAGCGGAAAACCUGAGGUUACUCCGUGAGAAUGUGGAACUGCCUGUCAUUGAUAUCUCAGCUCACUAUCAGACCAACAUCGACCAGUUGAAAGUGCAUUUGAGGGAACUGUACGACAAGGAUAUGAAAGACAAACUGGUACCGAAUGUGGUGAAAGAAGAGGAAAAGCGAAUCUUAUAAGGAGUUAGUGCCUGGAUUGGCGAGACUGACUUUUCGGCACGGUCAUGAUUUUACCUUUCAGUCCGUGGGAGCCCAAUGGGCCGUUUGAGAUUCGGCAGUAAGCCCCGCCCACCUUGGUUUGACCUUGAUCACCUGACCAAAGGUACUGAUCUAAUUGGUCAAUGCACACCGUUUGAUUGACAGGAAGGUAGGGUCCAUUAACAGUUGGUCCACUAAAAGAUGCUGCUUGAGAAGUUGAAUUUCCAUUGAUAUAGCUUGUUUUUUUUACACACACAGUUGGCAUUAUGAAUGGAUGACAAAGUUUGUAAUCCUUCCGUUCAUUUCAUUAUAUUUUUCAUUAUAUUUUAGAUUCAGGAAAUAUAGCAUUUUGAAAUCUAGCAUACACCCAAUGGGCAUUCCUGUUUCUCAUAAACCGACUUACUUUGAGAAUUUUCAAGGAACAAAUUGCAUCAUUUGCAUACUUGCUAGAGCUCUGAUGUCAAGGAAUGGUUCAUGACAACAGAAUAAUAAAGAACCAAAAUUACAAUUUGAAA